AUGUCCACCGCCGAUUCUUCGUUCCCCAUAUCCAUUUCCUCUCGUCUUAUCGAGGGCCGUGCCCUUCAACAAGACGUCUGGUCGGUCUUCAAUGCUGCAAAUCUGCCUUCCGAUUGCAUCAACCUUGGCCAAGGAUACAUGAAUUUCUCCCCACCUUCCUGGGUCCUUGACGCCGCCAGUUCUGCCCUCGGGUCCGUCCUUCCGAAUCACUACUCCCAUCCCAAAGGCCGCAUACGUUUGCGUCACGCGAUCAAACAAUUCUACGAGGCAUCUUUCAACAGGUCCCUCGACGUAGAAACAGAAAUAUUAGUCACAAGUGGUGCAAAUGAAGGCCAGUAUUCCGUGUUCGCUGCCUUCUUGGAUCACGGUGAUGAAGCCAUCAUGUUCGAGCCUUUCUUCGACCAGUACAUGCCCUCCGUCAUCUUCAAUGGCGGUAAACCCGUUUAUGUCCCCCUUCACCCUAACUUAGAAGGCGACAAGCCCUCCGCCGCUAAUUGGACAAUAGAUUUCGACGAGUUGCGCCGCGCCAUCUCCCCCCGAACAAAGAUGAUCAUUGUUAACACACCUCACAAUCCUGUCGGCAAGGUCUUUACUAAAGCGGAACUCGAGAAAAUAGCAGAGCUUGCAAAAGAGUUUAAUUUAUUGGUCAUGUCCGACGAAGUGUACGAUUGUCUCGUUUACGAUGGCAAGCAACAUGUCCGUAUCGCCAACUUACCUGGGAUGUGGGAGAGGACUGUGACAGUUUUGUCGGCAGGCAAGGCAUUCGCUGCAACGGGGUGGCGUGUUGGUUGGCUCAUUGGCCCUCCGUCCAUCAUCACGCCCACUCUUGCUGCAUGCACACGCAUUGUCUUUUGCACAAACUCCCCUCUUCAGGAAGCUGCUGCAGCAGGUCUUGAGGAAGCAAAAGCACGCGGCUUUUUCGAACAACAACUGAAAGAAUACCAAGAACGGCGCGACAUCCUUCUGGCCGCUUUUGACAAGCUUGGCUUGAAGUACAGUCUUCCAGAGGGCUCUUACUUUGUCCUGGUAGACGUCUCGCGACUCAAGUUUCCGGAUGACUAUCCAUUCCCCGAAUCUGUGCAGGGCCGAGCAAGGGAUUUCAAGGCAUGCUGGUUCAUGGCCGUGGAGAUCGGAGUGUCAUCCAUUCCCGUAAGCGAAUUCUAUUGUGAGGAGCACCGCAAUAUUGGCGAAAAUUACGCUCGCUUCGGUUUCUGCAAGGACGUCGAUACGCUCAAAGAAGCUGGCCAGCGUUUGCAAAGUCUUUCGAAAUACCUUUCUUAG